UGAGAAGUAGGAAGUGAACACUUCUCUCAGUGUGAAGGACGAAGCAGUUUCAGGUCAGAGCUGUGCUGGGUUCAGACGUCUCUCUCUUUCCUCUGAUUCUGAAUCUGAUCAUGGAUCUGCUUUGGAUGAUCCUGCCUCUGUUCCUGGUCUGUACAGAGGCCGAGGACCUGACUGAGGUCAAAGUGGAGCUGGGUCAGGACAUCAUCUUGAACUGCUCUGACAAACCAUUUCAAGCAUGAUCUGGCAAAUGGAGAUCCACAGUCAGCUGAGGGGAUGCAUCUUGCGUACUUUCUCUCCAUCAGACUCUGAUCCUCAUUACUGCUCUCCCAAUUUUAAAACCAAAUUUUCUGUCCAGAGAAACAGCCUCGUGAUUAAAAACAUCAUAGCAGGAGACUGCAGGCGUUAUUUCUGUGCCAAGAAGAAAAAUGACAGCAUCGUUUAUGUCGACACUUUCUGCCUUGUCUCAGAUGUCUCUACGACUCCGUCACCUCAGUCCACUCAGUCCACUCAGUCCACCACCAGCUGUGAACCAAACCAUCAACAGGAGCGUCACAAGUGGACAGUAUGGCAGGACAGUCAUGUCAUGUAUGCCUCAUUCACUCUGAACGCUUUCCUCUUCCUACUAGUAAUAGGUUUACUUUGUACGUUCCUUUGUUUGAAGAUUAAAAAUAGAAAACUCCAGGCAAGCGAGCCGGAGCCUUCACCUGUCCUGUAUGAUGGCGUACAGACUCUGGAGAUGCCACAGUACGAGGAGAUCCAACACUCCACCGGAAUCCCUCAACCUGUCCCUGUUCAUUCAGAGUGCAUUUACUACAAAGCUCAGCUUCCUCGGUCCACGCAACACUGAGCCCGGACACCUGGACGGUACCUGCACAACUGGUCCACUCACCUGUGGUAUUUAUACUUCGACAGUUUAAACAAAGACAUUUGUACCAGAGGUGAAAGGACCGUCUCCUCAUCUACCUCAGAGCAGUGGUCUAUUCAGACAAACCUGGAUUAGUGAAGGUUUUUAGUGGUUCUGGACUGGGGCUGCUGUGUUAUCGUGAACUCAAAGGUCAUGAAAUUCUCUCACCCUUUAAAUGCACAAUAAGACUUUUCUGGUAAACUACAAAGGUCAAGAGAACACACAAGGUUUAAGAAGGUUUCAAAUUCAAGGUGGCUGAGCCAGAGUUCAUGAGGAACUCUGAGCUGCAGCCAAAACCUCUGAUGAUGUGAUUGUAGUAUUUUUAUUUAUAAAAACUUCAGGUGAUGGAUGAACACACCUGAAGGUUUGGUCUGGCUAAUAUUUGUAUUUUCUUUAGUUUCUUUAUAUUUUGCUUUUGUUUGUUACUCGUGAAAUUCUGCACUGCAGUCUAAAUAUUUACUGUUAACAAAUGUUAAUACAUGUAAACAACUCUCCUAAUUCUGGAGCAACAACACCUGUGUAAAUACAGAAAAUUAAAAGUUUACUAAAGGGAA